CUUCUACCGUGUCGCGACUACAGUACGCGUCGGUGUACGUAAAAUGGCGGACGGUGACAUUGAUUUGUACGCCGACGAUCUCGAGCAAGAUUUCGCGCAGGAUGAAUUUGCUGGAGACGGUGUUGAUCUUUAUGACGACGUGAUUGCCGCUCCAGCGGGUGGUAAUGGUGGCGUCUCUUCCGGGAAUGCUGGGGAGGGUGGUGGUGACACCACAUCUCCAAAUGAGGAGACUAAUGGGAACGCACCUUACCAUCAGCUCGGCAAUAACAUACAGCCGAAUCAAAUUGGUAGACGACACCAGUUAUAUGUUGGCAACUUAACAUGGUGGACAAGUGAUCAAGAUAUAACGGAUGCUGUUCAAAGCAUCGGUGUGACUGAUUUUGUGGAGGUAAAAUUCUUUGAGAACCGUGCCAACGGUCAGUCCAAAGGUUUCUGUGUGAUAUCAUUGGGCUCGGAACAGAGUAUGCGAAUAUGCAUGGAUAGGCUGCCUAAGAAGGAACUGCACGGACAGAAUCCUGUAGUAACUUUCCCUACCAAACAAGCUCUCAAUCAAUUUGAAUCGCAGUGUAAGACGCGACCCGCUCCGGCUCCGCAACAGAGUCAGAGCCAACGUCCUCAUAAUCCACAUCAACAUCAGCCACCAAUGCCACCUCAUCAACAGCAUCCCCAACACCCUCAACAUCCUCAACAUUCACAACAAAAUCAUGGUCCUAGAAUGAUGAUGGGUCCUCCACAGGGUGUAAGACCGCAAAGGAUGCCGCCGCCUGGAAUGGGUCCGCCAGGUCCCGGCGGACCAAGUCAACAGGGUCCGCCGCGUAUGCAUGGCCCGCCAUUGGGGCCAGGCCCAGGACCGCAUCAUCCAUUGCCUGGUCAUCCUAAUCAAGGCCCGCCACCUGCUUAUCAACAGGGACCGUGGAAUGGACCACGUCCGAAUGGUCCUCCGGGACCACCUCGAGGACCCAGUGGACCUGGAGGUCCACCUCAGCAAGGUCCACCAGGACCGGGUCCUGGCCAACAUAGACCUGGAAUGAGUUGCACUAGAGACCUUUCAGAAGCUAAUUAUCAUAUGCCACAGCAAUUUCAUGGUGGUCCGCCUGGACCACCCGGUCAGGGACCUCCACGUGGCCCACCUGGACAUCCUGGUGGACCUCCAGGGGAUCCCAGAGGAGCGCAACCUCGUCCCGAAUGGAAUAGACCACCAGGAAUGCAUCAUGGGCCUCAGGGACCACCAGGUUUCCCUCAACAUCAACAUAUGCAAGGGCCGCAGCCUGGCCAAGGCCCACCACAGAGAGGACCUCCUCCAGGUUCUAUGGGUGGUCCAGGCGGACCGCCUCCGGGACACGGUGGACCACCCCAAGGCCCUCCUCAAGGCCUACCAGGUGGUCCAGCACCUCAUGUUAAUCCUGCAUUCUUUCCACAAGGACCACCUCAUCAACAUCCUGGACAACAUCCACCGGGUCCUCCUGGCCCACCUCAUGGUCCACCACAUGGGCCGCCUCAUGGUCCUCACGGUCCUCCUCACGGUCCUCCUCAUGGACAAUCGCAUGGACCACCACAUGUACCGCCACAUGGUUAUGGACCACCAAGUGCACAAGCCCCUUACGGAGCACCCGGGCCUGAUCAUCGCCCGGAAGGUCCACCGCCACUCACUGAGCAAGAAUUUGAAGAAAUAAUGGGUCGUAAUCGUACGGUAUCCUCGUCCGCAAUUGCGCGGGCAGUUUCCGAUGCCGCGGCAGGCGAAUAUGCAAGUGCCAUAGAGACGUUGGUUACUGCCAUCUCUCUGAUAAAACAGUCCAAGGUAGCUGCAGAUGAUAGAUGUAAGAUAUUAAUCAGUUCUCUGCAAGACACUUUGCGUGGUGUCGAGACCAAGAGCUAUGGAUCUGGACGUAGAGAGCGUUCACGUUCGCGUGACAGAGAACGCAGUCAUAGAAGACGACGUGAACGAUCCAGGAGUCGUGAUCGUGAAUAUCGUGAACGUAGCAGAGACCGAGAGCGAGAACGUGACCGGGAGCGUGAUCGCGAGAGAGAAAGAGAUCGUGAUAGGGACAGGGAGCGCUAUUACAGCGAACCAUAUCCAAGAGAACGUUCACGCAGCCGGGAAAGAGAUCGCGAACGUGAAAGAGAUCGUGAAUAUAGAGAGCGAAGCAGAGAAGAAAGGAAUGGAAGAAAUGAAUCUUAAGAAAAAAAGAUAUAUGCGUUAAAGAAACGCGUAUAUUUUCAACAGCAGAAUGUCGUGCAAAUGUUCCUGCCUUCUCUAUGCUAUAUAAAUUAAGAACAUCAUGAAUUAUUUUGCUGUAAUCUUGAAUAAUCUUAUAACUCUGUUCAAAUUCUUUGAUUGAUAUACAGUUAAAGAUUACGGAAUGCAUUUACCGUUACGAUCUACUACUAUCCAUCGACACUUAAGAGUACUCACCUUUUUUAAGACGAAUGAUUUCUGCAUGAUCUAUACGCAUCCGAAUGUUUUAUUUUAUUUGUGUCGAAAAACUUGACAAACCCAAAGAACGAAUCUUUUAUUUAUUUUAUAUAUAAAUUACAUAAUACACAUCUUUGACAUUUUUUGACAAAAGUAAAAUUUUGAAGAAUUACUUAAAUACUCGAGAUUUCUCGCACAUUUAAUAUCAUUUGAAUGAAAUUUUAUUGUAAUUGCAUUGUAAUUUUUUUUAAUUUGCGGAAAUAAGAUUAUUUUUGCAUCAAUUUUUUACUUUUAUCCAAUAAGAAUUCAUAGAAAUUUUUUAAAAUUUUGAGAAAUUAAGCAAAUUGUAAAUAACGUAUAACUAUGUUUAAUAUUAUUAUGUAGUAAUAUUUGAUAUGUUACAUUUAAAUGUCACUAAAGCAAAAUAUUGCUUGCUAUUUUUUGCUGAAUUAUUUGAAUGGCGUAUUAUAAUAAGUGAAUUAAAUUUUAACGUGCGAUGUUUCUUUAAUGAAAUUCUAUUGCAUUUAAAUUUAUUCAAGAAACAUAACAUUUAUUGAGAAAAAUACGAAUCCGUUUUUAUAUGCCACACAUUACAAAUAUUUCAAUAACAUAAUAUCACAUAGAAGUAUCACAUAAUUAUAAUAUAUUGUGAUAUUCAUGUUUUACAAAGAUAUCGAAAUAUCUUUUAAAGCCGCGCACAAUAUAUUCAUACUGUAGAAUUGUUACAUUUUAAGAGACUAAGAGAUGUACGAUAUAUUGUCAUGAUAAAAGUUCAAUGAGCUUCUAAGGAUGUAUUGCACAUAUUUUCAAAAUUAUGAAAAGAUUACAGAUUAUUCUAUAUUUAAUUUACAAAUACAAAAAAUUUUACAAAACUAAGUUCAGAAUCACAAUGAAAUUUUGUAUAAAUAAAUACUUAAAUCGCUUUUAAAGAAGAGAUUUUUUCAUAAUUUUGCAAAAUAUAAUUUAAUUCUUAACACAUUGGGUGCGACGUCAGUCUUUGGGGGUUGACACUGAACUUGCCGUUUAGCCGGCAUGAGUGGGAAUUGAUAGUAUUAAACUUAUAAAAUAAAUUUAGUCAUUUGUAUAAUAUAAAAAAAUAUGUUUGCACUUUUUUUAAUGUAGUUUAUCGAAACGUUCUAAACAUAGAUGCUCUCAAAUUAUGUCUUUCCUCUUUUGCCGUUUUACUUACAAAUAGUCGUUCCUUGGCUAUUGUUUUUUAUCGUUCCUAAUCUUGUUAUCUUUUGUUUAUACUUUUGAUGCUUAUACAUUGACUGAGCUCCCACCCCUCCUCCCCAAUGGUUUAAAUAGAGAGUGAAACAAAAGUGUUAAACGCGUUAGCUUCCGUUUAUACAUUGUACGCCCCCAUCCGCUGAACGCUUUACGCCGGCUGAACGAAAAACACCAAAAUUGGCUCCGUACCUAACAUGUUAAUAAUAAAAUUAAUAAGCUAUAAAAUGUACAGUAAAAAUAUAAUAUUAUUGACGCAACUUUUUAUAUAUAUCUACUUAAUUUAAAGCAUAAAUAUUAACACAUUCCCAAUUUCAAUUUACUUUGAAUAGACUGUACAUGUGAUACAUCCUUAAAUUAAAAAAUUAUAUAAAUUAUUGAACUUUACGUAUCAAUUAGAAUUCUAUUGUUUGAUGUUUUGUGCACGGUUACGUACAAUCGCAAGCACAAUCGUCUGCAUAUAAUUUAUUCCUACGUAUAUAUUUGUUCAUUUUUAUUCUUAAACCUUAUUUGCUAAGUGCACAUUUUAUCUCGAGAGAAAAAAAAGGUUUGUUCAACUCCGGACUUUGAAAAAUCGCGCCGAUGUAAUAUAAGUCAUCCGUUGCGAUUAUUUAUUAUAUCUUUGAUUUUACACGUAGCAUUUUAUUUGCGUAAUUCGCUCUUGUCCGAGAAAACAACGCGAAUUAAAAGUUGCCUGGGAGAAAUGUAUAUGGACGUAAAAUGGGUAAGUGCAAAUCACUAGAAUAGAGAACUCUGCAUUUACUUAUAUUUAAUUUUUAAUUAUAUAUUAUGUAUAAUUUCUGCGUACAAAUACGAAAGAAUUAUGCAUUCUUUUUAUGAAAAUAAGCACUUCCAUUUACUUUCAUGAUCCUUUUGGAAAAAAGGAUAUACAUACAUACAUAUACAUAUAUAUGUGUGUGUGUGUGUGUGUGUGUAAACAAUUUAAUGUAUAAACGUAACUUGUCUUUUGCAAAUCAUAUUAACGUGUUGUCUACUGUGUUAUCAAAAUUCUAAAAAAACUUUUAUUCAUAAUCUAUUAUAUAUGAAUUUUGAUUAUAUAAUUUUAUAUUAUGUAUAUUCGAGGUAUUAAAACACAGUGGAGAACGUGUAACAUCAACGUAGUAAGAUCAUCUACUUGAAGUGCUUCGUCUUUAUAGAAUUCGAUCUCGUUGUAACUAUUAGCAAAAUGAUUACCAUUACCUUAGGAGAAGAUGUAUCAAUAUUAUAAGCUCCUCUCAGAGGAUCUGUAAUUCACAUCAUAUUUUAGGAUAACAUUUUAUUUAAAAUGUCAUAAUGUACAUUUUGAAUACAUAUAUGUUUAAUUCUUCAAGUAUUUUCCAUAUGUUUAUAUAGUACAUAAAACAUUAAUAUAAGUAAUAUAAUUAAUAUUAGUACAUAAAAUUAUAAAUGUUACCCUAAAUUCUGAUACGAAAUACGGUUCGUCUAAAAUGAGCUUCCCAGAAUAUUUAUUCAAUUCACAUUUUCUCUAUCACCAAUCAUUUCAUAGUAUACUUUAUUUUAUAAAGUUUAAUGCUUGAUUAAUUAUUUUUAAAAUGCUAAAUUUGUUAAGCAUUGCGAUCUCAAUCUGCAAGAGUAAAAGCGCAAAAUCAACUAUUAAGAAGGAUAAAUUUUUUGCUUCCAUAAAUUGUAUUAUAUACUUGAUUAGGAUUAUGAAUAACAUGCGUUUUUGUAACGAAGUAUUUUCUCCGCGAUCAGCGCGAAUGUAAAACUAGGCAUUCGCAUUUAAUGCAAGUUUUGCAAAUUAUGGCUUUCACUAAAAAAGAAGACAAAACGUCCUUGCGAAUAAUUUAAUGUACAAUCGUAACUUAAUAUUUUGCUCAAGAAUUAAUAAUGCUCAAACCGUAUUAGCUAAAAUUUAUUGGAAACAAAUAUAUCAAUAUAUUAUAUAAAUAUAUUAGAGUAUGUAUUGAUAUAUAGGAAAUUUUUUAAAAUUUAAUAUCUUAAUUAAGAUCUGUCUAAUUUUUUAUACUUUCUUUAAUAAUUAUAUACAAAAAAUUAUAUAGAAAUUAUGUAAAAAACUAACAAUAAGGAUAACAAAGAUUAGCUCUAGUCACAUCAUGAUAUAAAAUUACAAGGUAAAGUUUUGUACAUUUUUUAUUACCAUUUAAACUGUGAUAUACACUCGUGCAAAAUCUCUUAUUAGUAAAUAUUUUUCUAAACUUAAUAAUUUCAUCUAAUAAUAAGCUUUUUGUUUUAUUUUUAUCAAUACAUAAGUAAUAUUUGGUGCUAUUACAUUAUGAAAUAUAACGUGUUUGUACAGAUAAAUAGACAUCGUCUGAAUUUGUGUAAACAA